CCCAAGUAAAUAUUUAUCAAAAGCCAGACACAAGGAAGUUAUUAUUUGCCACUCCACCCUUGUACCUCUCUCACCUCCUCCUGGUGUUUGGACAAAAACAAACAGAGUUGGGGCCAAUGCGGGGAGAGUACCCAGAAAGGCAUACAGAAGGCCAGUAUAUAUUGAGCUGCCUGCAGUGUUUUUGGUUCCUUUCACGGCAGUACAAGGUGUGCCACUGUGUCCUGUGCUGUAGGAUCCACUGGCCUCAGACAUGGCGCGUCUGGCCCUCCCCAUCUUCAUCGUUCUUUGCUUCUCUUUGCUCCACUUCAGCUCCAGCCGUCCACCCCGCACCAGGAAGGCCGUAUCACCCCGCCAGUCCGGAGCUGCAGAGGAAGGUGAUGUGAAGUCUCAGCUUGAGAGGUUGUGGCAGGAGGUGAACUCACUGAAAGAGAUGCAGGCGCUGCAGACAGUUUGUCUCCGUGGCAUCAAAGCCCACAGGAAGUGCUACCUUACAAUUGAAGAACCCAAACAUUACCAUGAAGCAAAUGAAGAUUGUAUCGCACAAGGAGGAACUUUAGCAACGCCACGGGACAUGAUGGAAAACAAUGAAUUGAGAGACUAUGCGAAAAGGAGUGCUCCGGGAUCCAGGGACUUCUGGAUCGGAGUGGCAGACAUAGUGAAAGAAGGCCAGUAUGUUGAUGUCAACAGCCUGCCAGUCAGCUACUUGAACUGGGACCGCUCCAAGAAGCAGCCCACAGGGACGAAGAGGGAGAGCUGUGUUGCUCUCUCAGUGGUUGCACAAGGAAAGUGGUAUGAUGAGGUGUGUCGCAGCCUCAAAAAGUACAUCUGUGAAUACAUCAUUCCCUAAAGGAGACACAGAGGUUGUUGACAAGUUGAAGAUCAUUUGCGUGUGCCAUUAAAAUAAAAUUAAAAUUAAGAAAUGAGUUGUCAUAUGUGUGCUAAUUAAUGAUGGAAACAUGACUUGUUACUAAAUGUGGAUCAUGACUUUUCAUAUAUUGUGAAGUGUGUGUAUGGUCAUUAAUUAGUCUGCUAAUUGUUAGCUUUGAUACACGUAGCAAUAGCUUUAAUCAUAAGACAGUUAGGUGGCAUGAUGUGAUAUCAAAUAUCAGGCUACACUUUAUGCAAAGUCCCAAAGCCUGAGGUGAUGACUUAACAGCAUGAGAA